CUUGCAACAAUGAAUAAGUACUUGUUAUGUGUUAUCGGAUUUGUUGUCCUAUUAAGCAUUGCUGGAGCUAAUGGAGCAGGUGAGUGCGGGAGAAAUUCUCCGGAUAUGGAAGCUAUGAAGUUGAUUCCAUGUGCAGAAGCAGCAUCGGAUGAGAAUGCAUCUGUUUCCAGGAGCUGUUGUUUACAGAUACAAAAAUUGGGGAAAAACCCGAAAUGUCUUUGUGCUGUUAUGCUCUCAAAUACUGCUAAGCUCUCUGGAGCUAAUCCUGAAGUUGCAAUAACUAUCCCUAAGCGUUGCAACCUUGCUAAUCGUCCUGUUGGCUUCAAAUGUGGACCUUACACACUACCUUGAAGAAUGAAGACUACUUGAUGUGCUAUUAUUAUGUUAUGUACUUAUAUGUUACUGUGUGCUUCAGUUUUAAUCAGAGAUCAUGUCAUGUAUGAUUUCUGAUUAGUGUAAUAAUAUUUGGUGUUCUCUGUUUUGAAGUGAAUUAUCCUUUUCAAUUAUUGAUUUGCAACUUAA